UGAAUGUGUUGAGCAUUGAGUGUAUUGUUGUCCACAAUAGCAUUGAAUUGAUUCACAAUUUAUGAAUCAAAUGACUAAUGAAUUGAUGUUUUGAUUGAUAACCCAUUGAUUGAUUGGUUUCGGAAACUAAUUGAAACUAUUUUGGACUCAAUUAGAGAUCUAUUAUAAUAUCAAACAUUAAUUGAAAAGAAAAGCAAAUCAAUUAAACCAUAAACAGAAACACAGAAAAACAGAUCCAAACACUAGUUGUGAUCAGAAAACAAGACAAUCAGUGGUAAUGGAGUCGAGAGAAGAGGAUGUCUUCAAGAUUGGCAAGAAGUUAGACAAAAUGAUUACCAGAAAAGACAGUUCGUCGUGCGCUCAGGCGUUGGAUCUGCUGAAGGCUUUGCAGACAAUUCCCAUCACAUUAGAAGUGCUUCAGAAGACACGCAUCGGAAUGACUGUCAAUAAUCUCCGGAAAUCCAUUGCAGACGAAGACGUGAUCACACUGUCGAAGACGCUGAUCAAGUCGUGGAAGAAGUUGUUGUCCGAUAAGGACUCGAAGCCGGAAACAGACGCACAGAAAGCCGGCAAUAAUGGCGCCGACACUCAGAAGAAUAACUCGACGAAU